GAGGUUUCAAACAAAAUGAAAAAAUAAAUAAAUGAAAAAAACCAAAAAAAGAAAGAACCGCCUCUUAAAUGGGCCUUUCUGGGACUGGUAGAAGACCCUAACGUGGCAGUUUUCUAUACGACCUCCUCAUAAUGUUUCUCUCUCUCUCCUUUGCCUUGCGAAAUCAAUUUGCCUCCGUUCUGGAAUCUCAUCAGAAGAGAAGAAGGCUUGAAGAGAAUAGCAACGAUCAAUCUGACUCCUCUCUCGUUCUCAUCAAUCCGCCUCCUCUCUCGAAUCUCUUUCUUUGACUCGAUGGGGCAGCUGUGGAAGGAGCAGACGGUCGCCGGGAAGCCUGCUGGGUUCUUCGUGAGUACGGGGACUCAGGGAGGUGGACAAGAGACCACUGCAUGGACAGCAAUCACACAGCUGGUGCAUCACGGGAUGCUAAUCGUCCCCAUAGGCUACACAUUUGGAGCAGGAAUGUUCAAAAUGGACUCGAUCCAUGGAGGCUCACCUUAUGGAGCCGGUGUGUUCGCUGGUGAUGGCUCAAUAGAAGCUACGGAGACAGAGUUGGCUCUUGCUGAACCUCAAUGAAAACCUCAAUGAGGUUCAUUUUCUUUCAAAUCAUUUAACUUAAAAAAAAAAAAAAUUAAGAACCUUGAUGAGGUUCUCCCAAUGGAGGACGAAAAAAUUAAAUAGACAAACAUGGGUUCUAAUGUUUUCAAAUCAUAAAAUUAACCACUAA